GUCCUCCUGCAGAUUCUCGCACCUCCAUCAUGGCGUACAGGCAGGUCCUUCAUCGACACAGCGACGACGAUUGCUUUAUUAACGUCAACGUUGGAGGUUUCAAACAACGAAUGGAGCAUGAUGUUGUCAAACGUUUCCCGCAGACGCGUCUUGGUCGACUUCUGUGUUGCAGCUCUAAGGAGGCGAUCCUGGAGCUCUGUGAUGACUUCAGUCCUUCUGAAAUGGAAUACUACUUUGACCGCAAUCCACUGUUUUUUUGCUAUGUUCUUAAUUUUUACCUCACAGGCAAAAUCCAUCUGGUGGACGGGUUGUGUGUGAUCUCCUUUGUUCAAGAGAUUGAAUAUUGGGGCAUCAAGGAGCGUCAUCUGGACAUGUGCUGCAGCAACAGAUUUCUUGAACUAAUGGAUAUUGUUAAGAAUAAAGACUGGGAUGAGAGGAGUGAUGAACAGCAGCUGAACAUGUCCGAAUCAUCAUCUAUUGCAGAGCUGUCAGCGUCAGAGGACGACAUGGAAAUGUUUGAAGGCACCUGGUGUGCAGAUGUCCGCAGAAAUAUCUGGAUCCACCUAGAGAAUCCAGGUUACUCCACUUCAGCCAAAGCCAUGGCUGUGGCCUCUCUGAGCAUGGUCAUUGUGUCUGUCAUAGCCAUGUGUGUGCACAGCAUGCCCGACUUCCACCAGGUGGAUCACAAUGACCGGGAGAUUGAAAACCCAGUGCUGGCAUUCUUUGAGAACCUCUGCGUUCUGUUCUUUUCUGCUGAGUUUGUCCUUCGUUUGGUUGUUGCACCAUCAGCCAAGAAGUUCCUGUGCAGCCCUCUCAAUAUUAUUGACUUAAUGUCCGUUAUGCCCUUCUAUGUUACGAUGCUCUGGAUGUACCUGGAUGAAGGUGAGAGCGCAGAGCUGGAGAACGUCGGUAAAGUGGUGCAGAUUUUGAGGUUGAUGCGAGUGUUUCGCAUCCUGAAACUGGCUCGCCAUUCAUCCGGCCUUCGCUCUCUCGGUGCCACACUUCGACACAGCUCCCGUGAGGUGGGGAUGCUGGUGCUCUUCUUAUCUGUAGGCAUAUCCAUGUUCUCUGCACUUGUUUGCUUUGUAGAGGGGGAUUCCGAAGAGUCCACACUGCAGAAUAUGCCUGUUGGCUGGUGGUGGGCGACUAUUAGCAUGACCACGGUGGGCUACGGGGACACCUUUCCUGUUACGUUUGCAGGGAAGGUGAUUGGAACUCUUUGUAUCGUUUGUGGGCUGCUGAUCGUGGCUCUGCCCAUCACUAACAUCUUCAACAAGUUCUCUAAGUUCUACCAGAGGCAAAAACACAUUGACUUAAUUCGACGCAACAACUGAACCUUGUCCAGAAAGUGUAGGAAAAAGGAUGUGGUCUGAAGAAAUAUGUAUCCUCAAAACCCUUGAGAGGUUGAUCAGCAGUUGUGAACUUAACAUAGGAAUGACACCGAAGUACAGGUAACAAUUAAAGGGAAAAUCGACUUUACGUGUGUCUGAGGUGUUGACUCAAUACUCUGUUAGAGCAGCUUCAGUUCACAUUAGUGUUGAUUCUACAAGUCUGUGAACUCCACCUGAGGGAUGAACACUAUGCUUCUAAAGGAUAUUCCUUCAUUUUUCUUGGGAGACAUCACUCUUGGGGGUUUUCUCCUGUAAUAUGGCACCUGUGUGUGGAUGCAGCAUGGAAUCCAAUGAUCAAACCAGGCUUGAUUUCUGUCAUGACAAAUAUAUGCAUGGACAAUCCUAAAAUACUUUGUACGCACAUCAAAUGACAGUUAUUUUCACAUUUGUUGCACAUCUUUCAAAAGCGUAGAGAUGACACAAAAGUCUGUCAUUGGAAAAGUUGUUUACCCAGCCCCCCCCCACCUCUGUACUGUUCAAGUUCAUAUCUGCUAUUGAUCCAUGCGUCCUGGUGUCAUGUCUCAGUUGUAUUCUGUUUCUACUGGAUUUUAAUUGCUUAUUUCAAUAUGAAGGAACUCUGCUGGUUUCUUAUUCAUGAUUGUAAUGACUUCUUAAUCAAUGUGCCACUGAAUGUCAAUAAAGUUCUUUUCAAGAUGCUGAAUUCACAGUUCUGUCAUGUAGAGUAUUGACAG